GUAACUCGUCCGAGUAUUGUGGCUCAACAGCGCCCUCAACUUGUAUAUAAGCAUUGAUUUCGAGGGCUUGCUGGCAUUCAGUAGCAAAGCGUCUGUCAACGCAUUAACAACAACUACUUAACGUCAGCCUCAAGUCAAAUCAAAUAAACAGCAGCAAGAUGAAAUGCACACUAUUCGCCUAUGUAUUCGCCAUAAUCGCUUUGUUGUUGUGCGCCAGCGUACAAGCCCUUGACAAGUCGGCUUGCUCGCAGCCCAAAGAUGUGGGUCCAUGCCGUAAAUCCGAUCCGAAGGUCUUCUACAAUAGCGAAUCGAAGGCCUGUGAGGACUUCAUCUAUGGCGGUUGCCAGGGUAAUGACAAUCGCUUCGACACCAAAGAGCAAUGUGAGAAGCUUUGCCUUUAAAGCGUUGCAACCAAUGUAUAUCGAUAAAUUACACAAUCGAUUGUGUUGUACCAAUUGAGGCGUUUAACUGUCGUUGAUGCAAAUGAGCAUGAAUAUAAGUAUGAGUAUGAGUAUUUGUUAAAUAAUUAUUAUUUCACUUUUGUUAAUAAACAGUUAAGUUGCGCAACAUUUGUUUAUAAAUA